UGUACUGCGCCUGCGCCACCAAUGGCUCACAGCAGCAGGAGUAGAAGCAUGAGCGUCACCACUACACACCACUAGUGUUCGCGGACACACGGGUCGCCCUCAAGUCUGCGAUGGAAUCCUGAGGGAGGCGUUUAUUUUGUAUUGCUCUGUACCUGUUUUUAUGUAUAUAUAUUUCUGUGCACGGUGUUCCAAAUGAACUGUCUAACCAUGUAUUUCCGGCGCUGAUUCUACGGCUAGUAAUUAGGCCAAUUAUAUCUCACAUCGAACGGGUGGGUCCGUAAUAUACAGUAUGUGGAAAAAACAGCUUUCUCGAGGUCCAGGUUGAGGCCUGCAUGUUAAAGAACCCGUCCUCCCACCCUGAAUCUCACCGUGAUGGCUGAGGAUCAUUCACACCCUGAUCAGCACCAGAAGCUGGGCUCUGGAAUAGGCACCUUACCAUCUCUGGUUCAUGGACUGCAAGGGACUGAGGCCAGUGCAUUGCAGCUCAAAAUCAAAAACUCCAUCUGCAAAUCUGUACAAUCAAAAGUGGACAAUAUUUUGCAAGAUGUGGAGAAGUUUACAGACAUUGAGAAACUCUACCUCUACCUCAAGUUGCCUUCUGGUCCCAGUAACAGUGAAAAAAGGACUGAGAGAGGGUCUGCCAGCCCUGGAGAACUCUCAUGUGAUCAGAGCUCCAUGUCAUCAAGCCGCACUCAGCAGAUGCACGCAUUCAACUGGAUCCGCAAUCACCUAGAGGAACACCCAGAAACCUCUCUACCCAAACAAGAGGUCUAUGACGAGUACAAGAGCUAUUGUGACAAUCUCUGCUACCACCCACUGAGUGCAGCGGACUUUGGAAAGAUCAUGAAAAAUGUUUUUCCAAACAUGAAGGCACGUCGACUUGGCAUGAGAGGCAAAUCAAAAUACUGCUAUAGUGGGCUGAGAAAGAAGGCCUUUGUCCACAUGCCAUCUUUGCCCAAUCUGGAAUUACAUAAAACAGAAGAUGGGUGUGAGGUGCUGGAGCCCUCAGGUCAGCUGUGCACUGUGGAGGAGGAAGUGCGCUCUGCAGCCUGUGGUCUGGUUUGUGAGUGGGCCCAGAAGGUGCUGAGCCGCCAGUUUGAUGCUGUAGAGGACCUUGCUCGCUUCCUGCUCAACAGUCACUACAUUGGCACAAAAUCUGUGGCAGCCCUAACUGUCAUGACUGGAACGCCAGCAGGAGUUAAAACACUGCUGCCGUCCUCAGCAUUUGUCCCCACAGCUGAAUCCCACUCUUUCCAGCCCCAACUGAAAACCCUGCCCUCACCCUCCAUCGAUGCCAAGCAGCAGCUACAGCGAAAGAUCCAAAAGAAGCAGCAAGAGCAAAUGCUACAUUCGCCCCCGCCAGGAGAUGCUCAGGUCAGGCGUGCAGAUGGGGGCACACCUGGGGUUGGCUCCAUUACCUGUAGAAGUCCUGCCCUGCUCUCCCCACAGCCUACCAUUGGCAUUGUGGUAGCUGCGGUCCCGAGCCCAAUCACGGUACAGAGGAGCAGGCAACUCAUGUCCCCCAGUCCUGUGGGAACAUCAGAGGGAAAGGUUUUGCCUGUCAACUUUCAGGUGGUGACCCAGUCAAUGCAACCUGUCAAGUGUCCCAAGACCCCUCAGAACAUCCCAGCCAGCCCUGUGGGGGACCGGUCUGCCCGUCACCGCUAUGCCCAGAUCCUGCCAAAACCCUCGUCUACUAGUGCAAUCACCCUGCGCUCUCCCCCUGCACUUCUCAUCACCAACAGCCCCAUCAAAACCGUGAUGCAGCCCUCGGCCCAUGUCAGUUCUCUCAACAUGGUCAAGAUGACCACCAUAUCCAUGGCUCCCAAUAGCAGCACUACCGCCAGCCUCACCAACACCACAUUACGUCCUGCUCCGGCUGGCACGGGUAGCACUGUGGCCCUGGAGGAGAGCAAGCCCAGCCUACAAGCCAGGAGUGGCUCUGCAACGCCCACCCCAUCCCCCGUGGCCAGGUCAGGCCGGGCUGCCACCACCCCUACCAUCGACGUCAAGAUGAUGGAGGGUGAUGCCAUAAAUGAGAGCCUGGCCCUGGGCGCUAGCAGACUCACUAUGACUCAGGAAGCGCUAGGGGGCCAGAGGGCUCCAGGGGCAGUACCAAGGGCUGCAAGUGUGCCCACCCCUCACACCAAAGGCUCCCUGGGACUGGAGGCAAUGGCUGGGACCAGAUGCAAUGGAAUCUCCUCUUUGAGUAACAACACUGUGGCAGCUACAUUUGGCAGCAUUAGCAACACCAAUAACGAAAGCACUUUGUACUCCAUGGUCUCCAAACAGAAUACCAGCAUUUCUCUGUCACUCAGUGACAGCAGCACUGCCAUUUCCACAUCACCUAUUGCCUCCAAGAGCUCCAGGAAGCGCUCCGCUGUUGGUGCAGAGUCGUACCCAAUGCCUGUGAAGAGGGUUUUCAUCUCCCAGCAACCUGUGGGAGGCUCUGAUAGUUCCAGGCAUGGGAUUGGUGCAGGAGAGAAGAAACUCCCCAGGGCAGGAACCCCGGUCAGAUCUGAAAGUGCACCAUCUGUCAACAAAGUUACUGUGAAACUGAACUCCACUGUCCCAACUCGAAUCCUGUCACUCUCUGAUUCCCCCAUAGGAAACGGUGGCUUCCAGACUGUUGUCAAACCACAGAGCACCGUGCAGAGAAGAGAUGCUCCCAACUCCAUUGAAACCAGCAGCAUCAGUGACAUUAAUACCACGGCUGGUCUUGCUCUAAUGCAACAGCAGCAGCAUGCAGGCAACAUGCAAGCCUCUUCCCUGCUGGAGCAGUCCGCUGUGAGUGACCUGAGGAACACAAUGUGGGCCGGUCGCCAGUCGGAGGGAACUCAGCAGCAGCAGGACUACAACCAGCUGAUAACAGACCGCAAGCAGGCAUCCUCCCCGGUCAUGGAGCCCCUGGCUGUGAUGGGCCAUGCCCCCGCCAACCAGCAGUCCAUGCAGACAGACUUGGACUACUUCCAAUUCAAUGACGAUGAAAUGACCCAGGACAGCAUCGUGGAGGAGCUUGUGCAGAUGGAAGAGCAAAUGAAGCUCAAUAGCAGUCUGCAGGCCCUGGGAGCUGACAUGCCACCUCAAGGCCAUCAGUCUGUAAUGCAGGGCAACAUGAUGUCCUCCAACCAGGUAAUGACCCCUUACUACCACUCGGCACACAGCAGCACCACCCCCGUCCACACCCCCACCCCGACUCCCACCCCCACCUCUGACAUGACUGGAGGUCAGGGGUUGACCCGGGAGAGCCCCUGCUCCCGCAUGGACCCCACCACCCCAGUUGACAGUGCCCUGGGGAGCAGCCGACACACCCCUUUAGGCACUCCACACUCCAGUUGUAGCAGCAGUGUGCCCCCCAGCCCCGUGGAGUGCAGGAAUCCCUUUGCUUUCACGCCUAUUAACUCCAGCAUGACAGGCUACCAUGACAGCGGCAUUGUCUCCAGCAGCCCUGUCAAGCCGAUGCAGAGGCCCACGGCCACCCAUCCAGACAAGGCCAAACUGGAGUGGAUGAACAAUGGCUACAACAACAGCGGGGGGAGCUCAAAUAACGGCCUCAGCAUCCUGCACGGCUAUCAGGACCUUGUCGAUGACCAUUUCCGAAAGCCCCAUGCCUUUGCCGUCCCUGGCCAGUCCUAUCAGGCUCAGACCAGGCACCAUGAUGGACAUUUCGGCUGUCUGACCCCUGUCUCUCCGCUGCAGCAUCAGUUAGCCGGCGUGGUAAACCAGAACAGGCAGGAGGGCUUUGCUGUGCCCGCCCCCCUGGACAACAAGGCCACCAGCGCAUCGUCAGCCAGUGGCACCUUCCGCUGUCGUAGUGUGAGCCCUGCCAUGAGCCCUGCCGUGAGCCCUGCCAUGCGCCAGCGGAACCUGAGUGGCAACCAGGGCCUACAGAACGUCCCCCGAACAGUGGUGUCCCCGUUCAAUUCCCCCGUGACCCCCGAGAUGAUCAACAUUUUCGCCAAUGGCCGCGGGGACGUCGGCGUCAGCAGCAUGGCACAGAGGAGCCAGUCGGUGCCUCUCAGCGUCAUGAUGCAGACAGAGGUGCUGCCCAUGCAGGGCCAGAGCAACAGCAAAAAGAUCACCAAUGUGCUCCUUAGCAAGAUGGACGGGGACAGUGACGAUGCAGUGCGGGGCCUGGGCGUCAACAACUUGCCGUCCAAUUACACGGCCCGCAUGAACCUCACACAAAUCCUGGAAACCACGCCCAGCUUCCCAAGUAGUGCCAACCACCAGGCUCGGGUUACCUCCAACGCAAAUGCUUACGAGUUCCAGAAACCUGGUUACCUCAUGAAGAACCCUAGGACCGAACAGAUGAUUCUCCCAGCAAGUGACGGCCAAGCACAAUCAGCUCCUGGAGAGCAGCAGCAGCAGAGCCCGUCAAUGCUGCUGGCCCAGAGCCUUCAGCAGCAGCAGCAACGACAACAGCAACUAGAUUUCAGCACCACCGUUAAAGACCUCUUAACAAACGACAGCCUUAGUAAUGGCAAUCAGCUUGGGGGAGAGGUGUCAGAACUCAGCUCUGUGGGUUCUGAUUUUCAACUGACCUCUGACCUUUCCAGUAGCAUUAGUGACUUGAACACUUUGGACACAAACCUUCUCUUUGACCCCAGUCAGCAGCAAGGGCAAUAUGAAGAUUCAACACUGGAGGAACUGAAGAAUGAUCCACUGUUCCAGCAGAUUUGCAGUGAGACUGUGAAUUCCAAUGGAUUUGAUUGGCUGGAAAGCAAAGACCAGCCCACAGUUGGGUUAAUGGGUUAAUAUAGACUUUUCUUUAAUUCAGUGAGGGUGAUAUUUUGUAAAUAUUUUAUAUGUUUUUGUAAUUAUUCAUAUUAACAUUGUAUAGCACACUGCAACACUCUGGACAUGAGUCCAGUCUAAGUGCCAGGCUGAACAGAAAUUAUCACAUUACAAAUAUGCUGGUUUUCCCUCACAGGUUAUCGCUGGUGCUGACAUACAUUUUUCCUUCCUUUAGACAUCAUAGUGUUUUGUUCAAGAGCAUUUAAAUCAAGACAUUGGAAGAACAAAAAUCUUUAUCUUUAGAUUAUAAUUUUGAUUCAGGUUUUCCUUUUUAGUCAGGAGUUGUCAGACACAUCAUUUGGAACCGUGUCAUCAUUUGGAACUGCUUUAAAAAAAGUACUGUGUUUUCUGUGCAAGUAGGUUGAAUUGGGUGUUUGCCCACCUAAUAUGCCCCUUUACAUUUCAAUGAAGAGUUAACAUACUUAGGCUUCUUCAGCCAUAUCUGAAUCGUGAGCGGGCAUUUACAGUAGCAUGCAUUGUUUUUUCAUUUCUUUUUCAAGUAUCCAUAAGGAUUGCAGGCGCAAGACAAAAAAUACCAAAAUCUACCAAACUUUGGUUUAAAAGAAAAUCAGUACAUGCUAAUAUCUACUUAGCAUGUAAUUAGAUUAAUAUGGAUUUUUACGACAAGGAAAAAGGCAGCUGUUUGAAAAAUAUGUACAGUACUGUGCAUUGGCCUUAGGCACCUGAAAGUCGAACUAAGGCCAUUUGUUUAGGUAGUGUUCUAAUUUAUAAAAAAAGUAUUUUUUACAAAUAAACACUUACUAUCCAAAAAAAAGACUUUCAUGUGCCUAAGACUUUUUCACGGUACUGUAUGACUGUACAGAGUAUUAUACAAUCUAGAAUUUUACAGCUGAAGUAUUCUCUGUAAACUGUACUGAGAAUAUUGUCGGCUUUUAUUUAGCAAUGUUAUGCAAACUUCACAUAGAUAUUGUGUACUAAAAUUUAAGAUUAUAAAUUAAGUCCAGGAAAUCAAGAUUGAAGAAAUUGAUUAAUGUAUUUGGCUUUUUGCCUAUUCACAUUUCUGUCCCAAUAGUUAAUGCACUUUGAAUACAGUGAGACUGUGAGAGCCCCUAGGAACACAUUAUAUUUAACCCUAAACGCUGACAUAUUUUACUCUAAAUGCUGACUACUUGAACUCCCAGUCCUUAGUGUCGAAAGGAAAAGGAAUCCUUUGUUUGGUAGUAUGUGUUAAGACUAAAAACAAUCACAAUAGAGACAUGUUAUAGAGCUACCUUGCACUUAUAUGUCUGCAGAACUAAAAGAAAUGGGCUUCGAGCUUUAAAAAAUGUUGAACGUUGAAGAUGACAUUUCUCACCUCAAUCAGGCUUUUUAAUACUUGACUGCUGGAAUUGUUUUUACUUUGACAGUUCAGACUUAUAUAUAACAAGUAUAUAACAAUAAUUAACAGAUAUACAUAGAUCUAAAGUCAUAAUUUGGCAAUACGACCCAUUAUCUAUGUUGGAGGUUGUACUGCAAGCUAGUGCUAACCAGGUCAUGGCACUCUAACCGUGAGUAAAUUAAUUGCAGCCAUUGCACGGACUAUAGUUAACAAUUGCGCAUCUUUAUAUAGCUACUUUCAGACUGCAAGCAGCAACAUUAAAAUGGUAUCCAUGAGUUUCUUAUCCUGUGGAAAUGAGUAAAGGGCCUCAUGGUGAAAAUCACAAACCAUCCAUUUAAGUAAAUAAAGGAAUUCCUCCUUAAGACACCCCUACAUCAAAAUGAGUAGACUGGAGGAGAUACUGUCCUGUUUGUCAUGUAGAGUUGCUAAGGAAAAUGGAACUACCCCUGGCCCAGUCUUCACAAUUUGCUGUCUUGUAAUAAAAGUGUAUUUUUGUCCACUUAAACAACCUACUGCACAUUUUCAGUGUGAAAUAAAUAUUAUAGAACAUUUUCCAAAUUAACAAGAACUAUGACAUGAUCUACUGAUUUCAAAUGCCUUAACAUCCCAAAGUUAAAUCGUCAUGGAAGUAUCUUUGAACCUUUCAUAAUAUUAAUCAAAGUUUUAUUCAUAGGACCAUUAAUAUGAAUCAAAAGUCCUAUAAACAGGGGUUCCUAACAUACUACCAUUAGCAUGCGUUGCUAAUUUGACUAAGAUUGUGCCUUCAUCUGCUGGACAAUAGAAAGUUUGAAGCAAUAGAACGAGGAAAUAAGGCUGGUUAAUGGCAAAUGAGGAAGUGUUUAUAAAACAAUCCCUAAUUUCUAUGGGUAGAUUUAAGAUACUUUAAAACUUAUAUAACAAUUAUCAAAAAUUCUGACUUCCACUGAGCAGAUUGUAAAUGGCAUGGUGUGUGCUGUGCUUAAUAAGCAAUGGCUUUUUUCUCUGACCAUUUGAUCUGAAUGAACCGUGCAUUGAGUAUGUGGACAUCAUUCCCAUUGAUGUUAAUUAUCCUACAUAGUUUUUUUUCAAACAUGAUUAGCUAUUUGACAUUAAAUACAAAACAAAUAUAUUAAACAAAUUGUCAUUCUGGACAGAUUAUCUUUUGUGAUGGUUAAAAUUGGGGGGGGGGGCACUCAAGCCCUAGAUGUAUUUUCUGUUUUUCAUGAUUAUUUAAACAGAUUUAAAUCAAGACAGAAAUGAGACCAGGAAACCUAACCACUUCAUGGAAAGCCAUUCUGUUUAGCAUAAAGAUGUGCAAUUUUCCAACAGGUUUUCACAAGACUGAGGAAGGGAAGCUUUUUCAAGGGGCUUUGCUGCUUUAAUAUUUAUUUUGAUUCAAACUAAAUCUUUAGUCCCUGCCAGUGACAAUCAUAGCCACAACCUGAUGCUUCCUCCACAGUACUUGAAAAUACAAAGGGAUUAAUAAUAUUUAAUUUAGUCCACAUGACUGAGCUAUAUCACAAAGUGAAGACGGAAGUCUGUAUGUAAAAAAAAAAA